UCAGCUUGGCCUGACCAUAGACAUGAACGGUCCUGACGACCAACGCUCAGUAGUUCUUCGCGGAACCAUUAACCAAGGUACUCUAUUCCAGCCGGAUGGGUUUGUUGUAUGCACCACAGCAUAGAAGCAACAUUUGAAAUGGCAGUUACCCUCCACACAGAUCUGGGAGAGAUUAAGAUUGAGCUGUUCUGUGAGCGCGCUCCUAAAUCGUGUGAGAACUUCCUGGCUUUGUGUGCAAGUGGGUUGUACAAUGGUUGCUCCUUUCAUCGAAACAUAAAAGGCUUUAUGGUUCAAACCGGAGACCCGACAGGCACAGGCAAAGGAGGAACAAGUAUAUGGGGUCGUAAAUUUGAAGAUGAAUUCAGUGAGCACUUAAAGCACAAUGUCAGAGGAGUGGUGUCGAUGGCAAAUAAUGGCCCCAACACCAAUGGUUCCCAGUUUUUCUUCACAUAUGCCAAACAACCUCAUCUGGACAUGAAGUACACAGUGUUUGGAAAGAUUAUCGAUGGUCUGGAAACGCUGGACGAGCUGGAGAAGCUGCCAGUGAAUGAGAAGACAUUCCGGCCGCUCACUGAGAGCCGGAUAAAGGACGUGACCAUUCAUGCCAACCCAUUUGCUGGAUAGACGACUCUCACCACAGAUAUUCAGACCUGUUCUUUGUUGCUUCAGUGAGGCAGAGGAUACAGGGCCUUUCCAGAGUUAAAAUGGAUUGCUUGUCAAAGGGAGAAAAGUAACUGCAGCAAAAAGAAAACAGUUACACCAGGCAAGAACUGACUAUGAAGGUCCAAAGUUCUUAGUAGAUUUUUUUGAUAAGGAAAUACACAACUUGAUAAAAAAAAAAUCACACCUUGUGCUUUAGCCACUUUUUUUUUAGCUCCAUGUCUGAAACUCGAGGUUUUUCAUAAAAGAUUUUUUUUUUUUUAUCUGUUCUUCUAAAUUUGUUCACAAUCAAGCCUGACCUGGAUACAUAGUCAAACCCUCCUCCUGCUUCAUUUUCCUUUUUUAGUCAUAUUAAUAAAAAAGAUAAAUACAUUUUUCAGUAUA